AAUUUAUUUAUAAUUUCCUUUAAAUUAGUAGAUUUCACUCAGUUUUAGAAGCUUCUUACUACCUUUACCAAAUAUUCAUCUAUUUUUCAAUUACCCAAUUUUAACAAAAGCUUUGUGUAAUCGCGGUAUGAGGACGCGUUUAUGAUGGUAGUUAUCGAUACACUUUGUUAAUGUUAUCGAAAAAUCACAAUAUUUUGAUGCUAUUAAUUUUCGCAAAAACAAUUUUGUUGUGUCGUAUUUUCCUUAAAACCGUAUUUUAAAGCAAAUAUUGUUUAAUAAGUGCCAAAUAACAAUUUAAUUAAAAAUCCAAAUAAAAUAAACGAAUUAAAAAAUGACUACUAGUUGCUCGCAUUUGCGCCAACGUCAAUUUCUACGUUUUGGCGGUAGCUUGCAAGAACUGCGUGAGCAAUUGCAUCAAGAAAUUGAAAACAAAGCUAAAGCUUGCUCGAAUUCAACAUAUCAAUGCUCCCUACCCCGUGCCGAUGGUAGUGAAUAUUGUAUACAACACAUAUUACGCGAUCCCCGUGGAAAUUAUCGCCAAUGUACUUUUAUUUAUUCCAAUGGGCGCAAGUGUCUAAAUGCACUACAGAAACAUGAUAUUAAAAAGGAUCCUGAAAUGACAACACUUUGCUUUGAACAUAAUCGUCAAGCGCAGCUACGCAAAACGCAUACUACUGUGGGCAAACUAAAACGCACCGAUACAAAUGAGGCAUUAUUACACAGCUUGAGUAAUCACAUCAAUUUAGAUGACAAACAAUUUGAACGCACCAAUAGCGAGCAGGAUGAGGAAAUUGAUGUGGUUACACCGCAUGUCACGCCAUUUGUUGCACACGAUCAGAUAAACACCCUAGGUACUAUAAUGUCGAAAUUGCAAAAAAGGCGACGCAUUUUGGAAUAUGCCUCAGAUAGUUCAAGUGACCACGAGGAGCCGCCCAACAUCAAGAACACAGCUCGCAAUUUUGAAUUGAAUGAAUCAGACGACGAUAGUGACAACUCACUCGCAGAAGAUUUACUGAAACAUGCUGGUAUUUAUACACGUGAAGAGGCCGUACGCAUAUCAGAAGCUAAACUGACAAAGUUACAAGGUCUAUACAUUGACCAAAUCAAUCAUCUACAUUAUGUACUUAAAGAACGUCGCCGUCACUAUUUAACCGCUUUACGCAAAGAACGUGAAAUGCUUUGUAGUAUUCACGAUCAGCUAAAGGAGUCGCCGAAGGAACGUGUACUCUAUAAACAACUCAAAGCGCUCAGUUCAUAUCAUCGCCGAAACGGUGUCGAAGCUGUGCUAUAUAAGAAAUUCAAAGAAAAACGUGCCAAGGCCUCAGAUGCACCAGCUGGACACAAAGGUCCCACUUUUAAUAAAUGUAUUUUCACCGAAGGUGGAGUAAAAUGUGGCGAACGUGCAAUGCCUUGUUGUAAAUAUUGCCGUAAACAUAUUUUGGAGGAUAAAAGACAGAUACUUUUCCGUGCGUGUGAAGUGGAGCGGAGUGGCGUAGUAUGCCAGGAAACAAUACCAUGCAUUUUUGAUAAUGCAUCGACGUGUGUCUUGCAUCUAACCGUACCGACACGUCGUCAAUAUGUGCAAAAGAAAUACGAAUCAGAAACAGAGGAGGAUGCUGAAGAUAAGCCAGAAAUUUUGAAGGAUACAACGCUGUCUGUAGAUGUUGCAAAAUCAAACAUAUUUGUGGGCUUGCAAACAGAAAAUUCUUCUGCCACUUCACCAGGAAGAAAUAUAACAAUCUCACAUGAUAUAAACGUCACAGCUUCAACAUCAGAGGGGGUAAAAUAAAAAAAAAAAUAGCAUUUGGCGACAAGCAAUAAAAUUUUUGUUUUAAAAAAGAUUUUAAACAUUUGUCACGAAUUUUAUUUUUAUAUUGAUUUUCUAUGUAGAAGAUUAAAGAUUCCUGUAUUUUAAAUAAGAAUAUUAAAUAUUCAACUAAUGCAAGUCAUGUUUGUUUUAUUUAUAUGACUGAAAUAAUAAUCUGCGUCGUUUCCUUCGGUGUGUUGCAAAUUUAAUAUGCUUUGUUCAUGGUAUAAAUACUGCUAAUAUACCAAAUAUGAAGUCAUCAAUUAUUUAUUUAUUCAAAUUGGAGCUACGAAUUGAAUCAUCUUUUCCACAAUUAUUCAGCAUUGUCAAAAUCUAUAUUAGCAAGAAGAAAUUAGCAGAAAAAAAUUAUUUGACUUCAUCAACAACAUUUAACUCAUAUUAUACAAAAUUUUAAUUGAUAUAUAAUUAGAAAGACACUUUAUUCCAAAACUUAAGUACUUAGAUGCAACACUGUAACACCGAAUACCGAAUAUAACGAAUACUCGAACGAGUAUAGCAGGCUAAUGUCAAAUUUUGAUUCAGAUUAAUAAAGCACACUUCCAAAUUAUUUAAUUGGCAUUUCAUAACAGAAAGUAAGCAGCACAAUUUUUGCAAUAUGUUCAAACUGGUGGCGCAGCAACUGCGUCAACAAACGCGGCAAGUCUCCCGUGUAAGUACCAUCAAUUAUACCAAGGCCACCAGUGGAACUGAUUUGUCGCGACAACAACAACAACAAACCACACAAUCGCCAACGAUCAAAGUAAAUAAAGCGCUUGAAGGUUGGCCCGAAAAACUACGUAAGGCUGGCGUUGGAGAUAUUGAUUUUAAUUUAAAAUGUUUGGUAGCGCAUGUGCUUAGAAGGAAAUUCAAUACGGUAAAGGGUUUAAAUGAUUUAGUUUUCACCGAAAAUCAAUUGCAAGAAUUUGAACGUUUUUGUGAAGCACGUUGUGCUCGUAUGCCACUACAGUAUAUAAUAGGCGAGUGGGACUUUAUGGAUUUGACAUUGAAAACCUCGCCUUCCGUGUUCAUUCCACGACCGGAAACGGAGGAGUUCGUUUCCAAAGUGAUUGAAGUGUAUCGCGAUAUUAAAGGUCCCAUUAACAUGUUAGAGGUUGGUUGCGGUUCCGGUGCUAUGUCAUUAGCUAUACUACAUGCUUUGCCCAAUGUACGCAGUACUGCAAUUGAACGCGGUAAAGCAGCAACAGAUUUGUCUAGAGAAAAUGCCAAGUUGCUUGGUUUAGACGACCGAUUCACUGUAUAUCAUCACACUAUGGAAGUAGAUAAUUAUCUACCAGCCGAGUUGGGGAACGAAGUUUACGAUUUAAUUAUUGGUAAUCCGCCAUAUGUAAAAUCAGAAGAGUUCCCCUUAUUGCAGCCGGAAGUCAUUUGUUAUGAAAAUUUGAAUGCUCUCGAUGGUGGUCCCGAUGGUUUACGUGUAGCACGCUUGGUUUUCAAUUUAGCCUGUGAACAUUUGCGUCCCGGCGGCAAGAUGUGGCUCGAAUUGGGAGAAGAUCACCCACCUUUGGUACAAACCAUUAUGGAGACGCAGUAUGAGGGACGUUUACGUUACAUUGCUGGCUAUAAAGAUCAAUAUAAACGCAAUCGCUUUGUCGAAAUCGAGAAAGAGAAAACCAAAACUGUUUAAUAGACAUUAUAUAGACGCAUGUGUAUUAACACAUAAGCUUUAGAAGCUAAUAAUUUAGACAUUGAAAUAUGUUAAAAACAAUUUCAGCAAAUUAUCGCUUUAGAUGGCUGUAACCAGUGAUAGAAUUAAUUAGCAGGCAUAUAAUGCGCUUAGCAUUUUAUUGAAUGCAUUUGAAAUUAAUUACGUAAAUACAUACAUAUUUACUAAAUUAUGCGCUAUUUUUUUUUUAACAAUAUACAUAUCUAUGUGUUUGCACUUGCUGUAAAGUGAUAUGAGAAGGGAUUUUCAUAAUAUAGGUAGCUUGCCUUUUCUAUUUCUGUCCUCUGUCUGUAUACAGGUCCGUCAGUUUUUGAGAUAUCGCUCUGAAAUUUUGCACACGUCCUUUUCUCCAUAAAAACUGCACAUUUGUCAAUACCGCCGAUAUUGGAUCACUAUUGCAUAUAAACUAAACUAUCAAAAUCAAGUUAUAUUUAAAACUUUUUUAUUUGAUAUCUUUAAUUUCGCAUGGAUUACAUGCAAUGCUGCUAUAUCUGAAUACAUUUAUUAAAUUGAAACACUAUAAAAAAAAUUAAAAUUUGGUUAAAAAGACGUACUAUAUUUAUUAUUUAAAAUUUAAUUAUUUGCAACACCACUUCCACUUAAUUUGAAAGCAUUUCCUGCGCUUGAAGGAAAUUCGGCAGUGCUACCAAACUUCCCAGUUGCUUUUACAUUAUUUGAAUUUUUGAAUACUAAAUUCAUUCCUCUCUUGCACCCUGUUGUAUUGAAAAUGCCGGUUUACAAUAAACGUACGUAUAUAUAAAUGUUACAUUUUUUAUUGUUCCUAUAUAUUUCACGUUCUGGAUUUCUCUUUUAUUAUUGCAAACAAUGUGGCCAUUUUGUAUAAGGAGUAUCUAAAAGCAAUGAAUUAUUGAAUUGAUGCAUCAGCGUCUUAAAACCGUAGAUUGCCUCAUGUACUAUAUGCACAUGCUUUUUUCUUAUUAAUUGAACAGACAAAUACACACAGAUAUUAUGACUUUUAGGAAACAUAUUAACCUCUCAAAGGGGAUUAAUAAUUAGCAAGAUAUGAGUAAAUAAUGUUUAGUGACGUCAAUGACGUCACAUACUUUGUGAUGUCAUGUCAAUUAUUUAUUAAGCAGCUUGUCAACAGACUGUGGAACUGUCAGAAUCUCGAAAGAUCUAAAAAUGUACCCAAAAAAGUUGUUUAUGUAAACCAUAAAAGGUAUAUUUAAGCCUUCAAAUGAAAUUCGCCGAAAUUUAAGCUGCUUUGUAAUGGAAUUCGUAGUGAAGAUCAGCAAGUCGCCGUUUUUGCAAAUGAUUCAGCCGAAUAGAUAUACACAUAUUUAUGUUUGUACCAUAUGUACAUUUUCACGUUUCAAAAGCAAACUGAAAUCAUAUUUACUGUUGGUAUUGCAUAUAUCCUCAAUCAAUUUUGUUAAGGCGAAUGGUUAUAUGUAUAUUAAUAGUUGGCAAUCAAAAAUUGUUUAAAUUCUAAAACACGUGUUAACUUUUGCUACAAAAUCUUCUUAAUAUUCAUACAUAUAUUAUUAUAUAGCUGCAUAUACGCAAAUAUUAUUUGCAAUAUUUUGUUUGUUUGUGUAAAUUUCGCUUAUAGCUGAUUUGUGGCUCUGGCUUGUUGUAGUGCAUGUUUUUCAAAGCGACGAACAUUCGCCACCUUGCAAAAAUUUCUCCCAGUUGACAAGCUUACUUAAGAUAACAUGUGUUUGAAAUGUUCAUAUUUUGUAUGUAUGUAUGUAUAUAUGGUAUAUACAGAUAUGUAUGUAUAUGCAGCAAUUGUUUAAAUGAACACUUUAUCAAAAAGACACACUAAGCAAUAAUGAAAGUGAAUUCUUAUUUAUAAAAUGGGCUACAAAUAUUAAAUGUUACAAAAAAUGCAAAAAAUUAGUUCAAAAGUAAUAGAAAGCAAAAGGUAUCAAUUUUGCCAUUAAACAUUUGUCUAAUCGGCAAACAAACUCGUCAUAUUUCAACGCAUAUUUCGUAUAGUGUAUUUGGCGCUUAAAGUAACGCUACUUUGUUUCUAUGUGCUUAAAAUUCCACCUAUUUUCUUGCAAUUUUUCUUGGUAUUAUUUUCAAUGCCACAUGCAAAUCUCGUUUCACGCCGGUCGAAAUCGUACGCAAAAUUCUCUACGUUCCGUUCCUGUAAUGUUGCCAGUGUGACCAUUUCGCCAAACGCUGUGCGCACUGUAGCGUGUGUAUAGCGCCUUCCAUCGGAAAAUCAACACCUGCUCGCUUUCUGCAGGUAUGCAUUGAAGUUUGUUUGAAAUUUAAUGAAUAUUUGUGCAAAGAAAUUGUUUUUCAGCGUUACACAGAAGUUAUAGUCAGUACUUAUUUACACAAUCUGCUGUUAAAAGUGGCAACAACACUUUAUUAAUGACUUUUCGUUGAUAUUUCGUAUAUGCACACAGGUAUUCAAUUUGUGUUUGGUUGUUAUUCGCGAUUUCGUGAAUGCAACCGUGUGUUUCGUGUAUCUACCUGUGAACGCUGAAAAGUGCGAAACGUCUCAUUCGGCGUUAGUUGCUUCUACGGUUCGGACGUGUUUGUCUUCUACUAUUUUGUUCGUCAAAUAAAGUCAUCUUUUUAAUAUACAUAUAAAAAAAAAAAAGUUGAUAAAUUUUGAAGAUUUUCUCCAUCGCAGACUUAUAUUUAGCAUCAUCAAUUGCUAAACUCUUGUGUUUUAUUCAUAAAACAUACAAAUCGCAGUUCAUUUGAGCUUUUAGUAUUCAUUCCUGUUCGUUGAGCAAAAAUACAAAAGAAAAAACAUUAACAAAAUGGCCGAUGUUGUUGAAAAAAAUGAGACUCCAGUUGUUGAGAAAGUCGCAUCUGAUGAAGUAGAAAAAGAAGCACAAAAAGAAAAAGAGGUGGUAGAAGAAGCAGCAGCACCAGCCGCCGAAAAUGGUAGCGCUGACAGUGCAACCGCUAAAGAAAACGGCGAUGCUGAGGAAGUAGCUGCUGAAUCUACAACCGAAACUCCAAAAGAAGCGUCUGCCGAGGCUGAAGCUGCCGCUCCUGCCGAAGAAAAUGGCAAAGAUGAGGAAGCGGAGAGCGAAGCAACUGAUGCAGCACCCGCCGAAGCUGUAAAGAGAAAAGUAGCCGAAGAAGAAUCAAAAACAGAAGAUUCCACUGCAGCAACACCAGAGAAAAAAGCUAAGCUGGACGAACCGGUCAAAGAGGACAACCAAAACGGUUCCGAGGCAUCAGAAGUUGCGGCUUAACUUAGUUCUUAAUAUAACAUUUAAACUAUUCAACAUAUUCAGUAACAAAAACAAAAAAAAUCAGAAAAAGUGUACACCCAUAGAAUUUAAUGUGUAUGAUUUUAUGAAAAAGUGUUCAGUUUUUUGUGAGGUUGAGACACUUCCAUAAUCAAUCUUCAAUCUGAAGCGACUAUACUUUUACAGUUGACAUCUACAAAGAGAGGGGUGCAUUUUGCUCAUUAUUUCCUGUAUUUAUAGCAAAUCAUCCCUCUUACCAAGAAAAAGGCUAAACCUGUACAUUCAAACAAAUAUUCAAUAAAGUACUCGACUUACGGUGGAAAGUCAAAGGUA